GGAUCUUGCAAAUCAGCAGCUAUUCCCUGCUUGGUUCCUCUGGAUUCCUGGGUGGGCUGGAGGCAGGUGCCAGGCGAUCAUAAUGUUGCCCCAAAGGAAGAACUGGAAGUCCAUGGGUAAAGGCCUCGUCCUGGGGACGCUUCUCACCAGCUUCAUGCUGCUUCUGUACUCCUACGCGGUCCCACCCUUGCAAGUCAGCGUGACAGAGAUUCCCAUCCCUUAUUCGUGCUCGUCCUACCGCACCCGGGCCCGGCUCUCGGCUUCAGGGAACAGCACCCAAGGUUCCCCAGGAGAAAAAUGCCUCCCCAGGCUCAACAUCAUGUUCAUGAAGACUCACAAAACAGCCAGCAGCACCCUCCUCAAUAUCCUCUUCCGUUUCGGGGAGAAGCACCGCCUCAAGUUCGCCUUCCCCAACGGACGGAGCGAUUUCUACUACCCGUCUUUCUUCGACCGCAACCAGGUGAAAAACUACCAGCCCGGCGUGUGCUUCAACAUCAUCUGCAACCACAUGCGCUUCCAGUACGAGGAGGUGCGCAAGUUGCUGCCGGCGGACGCCGUCUUCGUGACGGUGCUGCGGGAUCCGGCCUACCUCUUUGAGUCUUCUUUCCACUACUUUGGGGGGAUCAUCCCGUUGACCUGGAAGGUGUUGGGCGAUGACAAGCUGGCUGAAUUCCUGAGGGACCCUUGGCAUUACUACGACCCAAAAGGGUACAACGCGCACUACCUCCAGAAUCUCCUUUUCUUCGACUUGGGCUAUGACAACAACCUGGAUCCCAACAGCCCGCUGGUCGAGCAGUACAUUCGCGAGAUCGACGGGCGUUUUCAUCUGGUGAUGCUCCUGGAGUACUUCGACGAAUCUCUGGUGCUCCUGAAGGAUCUGCUGUGUUGGGAGCUGGAAGACAUUCUCUACUUCAAGCUCAACGCCCGCAAAGGCUCCACCGUCUCAAGGCUGACCGACGACCUCUACCAAAAAGCCACAGCGUGGAACCUCCUGGACUCCAAGCUCUACCAGCACUUCAACACCACCUUCUGGCGCAAAGUGGAAGCCUACGGCACGGCGCGGAUGGCGAGGGACGUCACCCGGCUGAACGAAGAGAACGAGAAGAUGAAGAGCAUCUGCAUCGACGGCGGCCGCCCCGUGGACGCCAACGCCAUCCAGGAAUCGGCCAUGCAGCCCUGGCAGCCCCUGGGCGAGAAAUCCAUCCUGGGCUACAAUUUGAAAAAAAAGAUUCACAAAAAACACCGGAAACUUUGCCGCAAAAUGCUGACCCCCGAGAUACAAUAUCUGUCGGACCUCGGGGUCAACCUGUGGAUUACGAAGCUGUGGAGCUGGGUGAGGGUGUUUUUGAAGUGGUAAAGGGGGGGGGGGUUGAGCACCUCUUCUCUCCCCUCUUUUGGUUCGUUCCCUUUUCUCCUUCUACCGGUUGGUCAGGCACACGCCGAACUCACUUUGUGGCCAACGACGAACAUGGGAACGAACUCGAGGAUAAAGUGUUCCCGAGGGUGAAUUUUUUUUAAAAAGGGUGGGGAAUGGGUGACCAAUGCUUGUAAGCAAGGUAGGGAAGAGAAGGUGCUGUACCUAUGACUCAAUUUUUGGCUGGACCUUCAGGAAGAAGAAAGUAAAAAAGGACACCACUGGCUGUCACGUCCUCUUCACCAACUUGCAUUCCAGGUCUCGGCUGUUUUAACGUCCCAAUGAGGACAGUAAACACCAGUAAACAAGAAACUCCCAUCCCUCUCCAUUUGGCUCAUUCCCCUCUCGUAGUCAAACUCUCAUUCCCCUCUCGUAGUCAAACUCUCACGGACCGCAGUCGUCAAGGUGUACAGGAGAAGUGAGUUUGGCAGAUUACGGAUGAGGAUAUCUGCCGGUACAUCGUUUCUUUCUCUUUGUGAGUAGCAUUGCGGGAUGCCCGUUUCCCAGAGGCGAACCGAACAGGUCCUUUGACCGAACUAUGGUAAAGAGCGAGAACUUUGGAGCAGUACGGUCAGAGUUCCCUGUACGUUGAGCAGAUCUGCCCCAAAAGCCUAACGCCGUUGCCUCUUGAGUACGGC